AUAUUCUGUUUGACUAAUUUCUUAUGUGGAUUACCCUGAAUAUGUAUCUGAAGAGGGGAUAUUGGUCUGUCUAAAGCAUUUUGUUUACGUAUCUAUUUUUUAUUCAUAAUGUGAUUUAUUUUUCUUUUGCUUGCACCGUAUUUUCAUUUUACUAAAAAAUUCAAUAGAUCUAAGACUUAGGUCGUGGCUCAGUAUGAGCUUUUCUUGACAACCUGUUCCAUAGUGACUAUUUGCAAUUUUUGUCUUUCCCAGUACCGGGGAAUUAUUUAUUACACCCUAAAUAGUAAUUAAAGCUAUAGAGAUUGUCAUGGAACAUCAGCAUUUUGAAAUUGAGGACAUUAUACGCCGCAUUCCAGAUGCUAGUUUUGUUGUAAUCGAUUGUGAAUUUAGUGGCAUUAGCCAGAAAUCUAAAAGUAUUAGAACAAUCGAUGACUAUUUAUUAGCUCUAAAGGCUGAUGUUGAAGAUUUUGCAAUAUUACAAAUCGGUUUUUGCCUCGGUGUAUAUUCACAAGCCCCUCAGGGCAACAAAUGGCUCUUGUAUCCAUAUAACUUUUAUACCUUUUCAUCCGAGAUAUUGGACAGUCUUUUGAUGAAUGAUACUAUAAAAUGGCUGAGAUCAAAUGGGUUCAGCUUUGAUCGUUGGAUUGAUGAAGGUAUUGAUUUCCGAAGGCUGGCAGAUGUCAGAUACGAGGAUCCCUGCGAACAUCCUUCUAAAGCUUCUAGACCAAUAAAGGGGCAUGGAAAAUUUCAAAGGAAAAAUGGUAUACAUCAUAUAAUAGAGGAGCUAAUCGAACAGAAGAAGCCCCUAGUAUUCCAUAAUGGAAUGUUGGAUAUCUUGCAUAUUUAUGAUAAGUUUAUCGGAAAAUUACCAGAAAGCUCCGUUGAAAUAUCCAAAGAAUUGGUGAGGCUGUUCCGAGGAGGGAUUUUUGAUACAAAAUUUUUCGCACGGUAUCUUCACGAGAACUUUGGUUACAACAAAUUACGCAAUACUACGUUACCAACAUUACACAGCGCUCUUAAUGGAUUUCAUAACAUGAAGGAACUGACGGAUAUUCCUGAAGAAAGAGCACAUUUUAACUACAUUGACAAAGAAACAGGUAAUAUCAAUGAAAAAUUUUUUCAUGAAGCUGGUUUUGAUGCGACUAUCGCUGCUAUGGUUUGAUUGCUAUCGUCUAUGGAUAUUUUCCUACAGGUAUUUUGCGCCGAAAUACAAAUAUUGGCGAAACAUGAUGAAGUAGACGUAUUAUCAUUGCUAAGUGCCCACAUCAAUAAAAGUAUACCUCACGGGAAACACCUAGGGAACGUUAUAAACUGCUAUAAUGUUCAUGAUCCGAUUGAUCGUUCUUUUUAUAAUUUUAAGGAACACGCACAAGGUGAAAAAUAAAUACAUGAGCGUGUAUAAAUCUGGUCCGUUCUUCAAAUACGAAAAUAGUCCGAAAUUUUUGGACAUGAUACCAUCCAAAGGAUAAGUAUGCUCUGCGUGCAAUUGACGUACGAAA